AUGGCUCUGAAAAGCAUAAACUUAAGUGGGAACUUCAACUGGUGCCCCUUUGAAGAAUACAAGAAUUACUUGAUUUGUUUUAAUUCACACAAUUUACUGUACUCAAAUAAUAACAAUUUAAACAAUUAUGUGUAUCUAUUAGAUAUUAAUCUGAACAAUGAUAUACGUAACCUAGAAAUUGUAAGUAAGUUAAAUUUUGAAGAAGCAUUAAAGAAUGAACAAAGUGGCAAAAAGAAAAAUACAAACGAAUAUGUAACAUGUUUCGAAUGGAUAAACUGCCAUAAUUUUGUGGAAACGGAAAAUGAAGAUGAAUUAAAUAAAGGAAUAAUUGUUGGUGGUUUAACAAAUGGUGAUAUAAUUUUAUUAAAUGCUCAGAAUUUAUUUGAUGAAAAAGCAAGUUAUGAAAAUUUUAUAUUAAGUAAAGUAAAUGUGCAUGAAGAUUCUAUAAACUGUUUAGAAUUUAAUAAACAUAAAAAUCAUUUAAUAGCAACAGGUGGAAAUGAUGGACAGUUGUUCAUAACAGAUAUUGAAAAUAUAUGUUCUCCAACAUCAUAUGAUCCAUAUUUAGAAAAGAAUAAUUUACAAAAAAUUACCUGUCUUAAUUGGAAUCAAAAAGUAUCUCAUAUCUUAGCUACUUCAUCAAAUAAUGGAAAUACAAUCAUUUGGGAUUUGAAAAUAAAAAAAUCAGCUGUCAGUUUUAGGGAUCCUCACAAUAGAACAAGAACUUCUUCUCUCGCAUGGCUAGCUAAUCAACCAACGCAAAUUUUAGUUUCCUAUGAUGAUGAUAAAAGUCCAUGCUUACAACUCUGGGAUUUGAGAAAUUCAAAUUAUCCAAUCAAAGAAAUAAUUGGACAUUCAAAAGGGAUCAAUAAUAUUUCAUUCAGUAAUUUGGAUACAAAUUUGUUACUCUCAUCAGGAAAAGACAUAACCAAAUGUUGGUUUUUCAGUAACAAUAACUUUGAUGUUUAUAAUGAAGUUAACAAUUCUGCUAAUAAUAUAUACUCCAAAUGGUCCCCAUUCAUCCCUGACAUUUUUGCAUCUGCUACCAAUAUGGAUACAAUACAAAUAAACUCCAUAAACAAUGGGAUCAAGAUGACAACCAAGUAUAUCCCAAGCUUUUAUAAAAAGGAUUCAGGAAUCUCUUUUGGAUUUGGAGGGAAAAUAUGCUACUUUGAUAACACCACAGUUGGUACAAACACAGGAAGAAACAGUGUUACCAGUAAUGAAAUAAAUAAACAGAAUGUCGUAGGGAAAGAAGAAAAUUACUCUACUCCCACCACAACUGUACAUGGAAAUGAUGUAAAUACAAUGAGAUCAAACAGUGGAAACAUGGAAAAUAAAUUCUUAAUAAAAUGUCAUACAUACUCUACUGAAAUGGAACUUAUAUCAGAAGCUGACAAUUUUGAAAAAUACAUAACGAAUGGUAAUUAUUUUGAAUUUUGUGAAAAUAAAAUUGCUAAAACUGAAGAUGAUCAUGAAAAGUUGACUUGGAGAAUUUUACAACUAUUAUGUACAUCACAAAAGUCAGAAAUUGUGAAAUAUUUGGGAUAUGACAUGAAUAAUAUUUUACAGAAAAUUUCAAACGACACAGGAAAACAACCUGGUUUUAUUUUUAAUCAAUUUAUAGAGGAAGAAAAAGAGAAUAUCAUCACAACCAAUGAUUCAGGAAAUAUGUUAGGUGCAAAUAUACUUUGUGACGUAAGGAGUUAUGAACAUAUGAACAAUGGGUUCAUGAAUGGUGCACAAAUUGCUGACACUAAUAUGGUCACAGCUUCUGGGCCAGGAGGAGGAGGUAUUUCUCUCCAGAUUGGAGAACAUAAUUGUCAAAGUUUCAACACUGCUUUCGAUGUUGAUCCUGAGAAGUUUUUUCGAGAAUUAGGUGAAAAGAAAGAAAAUGAAGAAAUUACAAAUGAAGAUGGGAAGAAACAACAGAAAGGCGAAAAGGAUUCAAAGGAUAACAAAAGUGGAACCGAUUCGAAAGAUGCCAAAAGUGGAACCGAUUCGAAAGAUGCCAAAAGUGGAACCGAUUCGAAAGAUGCAAAAAAUGGAACCGAUUCUACAUCGAAAGGGAAAGAAAAAGGUAAGAAAAAAGGAAAAGAAAAAGGAAAGAAAAAGGGAAAAGGAGGAAAUGAUGAGGGAGAUGAUGAAGAAGAUGAAGAGGAUGGAGGAGACGGUAAAAACGGACUUUGCAAUGUUAAAGAGAAAGAUGAUCAAACAUUAAUGAGUAAUGAAAAUAAUCAAAAUAAUGACAACAUAAAUUGGGAUUAUGGAAUUGAAUCUAUCAUUAAAGAGUGCGUUUUGGUAGGAAAUAUUGAAACAGCUGUAGAAUUAUGUCUUCACAAAAACCGAAUGGCAGAUGCACUUUUCUUAUCCUCUUUUGGUGGUGAACAAUUAUGGCACAAAACCAAAACUAUAUAUAUCAAGAAGCAAAAUAACAGCUUCAUAAGAAACAUAAAUUAUAUUUUAGAUGACAAGUUGGAUCUUUUGGUAAAGCAGAUUGAUUUAUCUCACUGGGGAGAAGCACUUUCGAUUUUAUGCACAUAUGGAAUUAAUAAUGAUAAUUUUAAUAUCCUGUGUGAAACAUUGGCAAAGAGAUUACAAAAUGAAAAAUUCGACAUUAGAGCUGCAUCUAUUUGUUAUUUAUGUGCAUCUAAUUUUGACCAAACUGUAGAAAUAUGGAGUGAUAUGCCAUCUACCAAAAAUUCUUUACUAAGUGUUCUCCAAGACUUGGUUGAAAAAAUGACAGUCCUUAAAAUGGCUGUAAAAUAUGAUAUGUGUAAUUUAAUUAUGAACAAAAAAAUAAAUCAAUAUGCAGAAUUAUUAGCUAAUUCUGGUAGACUCAAAGCUGCAAUGACAUUUCUAUGUCUAAUUCAAGAUGACCAAACAGAAGAAAGUUUAAUUUUGAGAGAUCGAAUUUUUAAUAGUGCAACUCAUGUUUUAUCACAUCAAGUGAAACCUCCUGCAUCUCCAUUUCAAGUUUUCCAUGUAAAGUCAGCAGGAAUAAUGUUACAUCAGAAUUAUCAAUCUUAUAAUAAAAAUGCACAAUUUAAACCUAAUCCAAUGUCUAGUAAUAUAAACACAAACCAAUCAAAAUUAUAUACACCCAAUAAAAGUACCUCAUCUAUGAUCAUUCCACCACCCAUGCCAAUGCAACAACAGUUACCAAUACAACCUCCCAAUUCAACACAUCUUGGUUAUGCCUCUAUCUCGUCAAACAAACUCAACACACAAGGUGGUAUAUCUAGUCCCCCUUUACCUAAUCGUGCAUCAUUUACAAGCACAUCUAACAAGAAUUUUCCCAUGAGUAAUAAUACAAAUGCAAUCAAGCCUCCAUCUAUGAGUACUAUUUCAUCCUCAUAUAUGCCUCCUCCUCCUCCAGCACCUGCUACUGGAACGAGCACGUGUCCUAUUGGUACAUCUUCAUCCAUGUAUUCCUCUAUGUCGAAUUUUGUAAGCCUUGGCCCAUCCCAGGGUAUCAAAUUGGAACAAGGUUGUCAGAAGCAGACUACAACAGGAGGAGGAGGAGUAGGGCCACCACCACUAGCACCACAAGCCGGAUCGGGAGUAGGAGCAGGUCCUAUGUUUUCAUCUCAGUCUUAUGCUAACUUGAGAAAAUUACAACCAGGAGGUAAUAAUAACUCAAUUAAUGAAACCUCACCACCACCAUCUGGGCCAAAUCAAAUAAAUAACAGAGCCAGUUUUCCAAACAUUCAGAAUAUUGUUCCACCCCCUAGAAACAGAAAUACAUCCAUACUAUCAAAUGCGAAUAAUAACAUGUCUUUUAAUCCGGAUACUAAUAAUCAGAACUUUUUCAAACGAGAGUGCAUGGAUCAACAAUCUUUUGGAAAUACUGUCACUUUACCUCCUCCUAUGCAAUCCAGGAAUUUAAGUACGUCAUUUCAGGACUCUACUUCCAAGAUUGGCUUCAGUGCACACACCUCUGGACCUCCUUCAACAGGUUCGUUCAUAUAUAAGAAAGCCCCCUCACAUCUGUGUAUCAGCACGACCUCCCCAAUUGCAGGGGCCCUAAGUGUCACUCCUGGAAUGCCAGUCCCCUGGCCAAUUCCCACCACAACGCAGCAGCUUGGAUCCACAACCACCUCAACGGCAAAUGAAAACAAAAAGAUACAAACAGCCACGAAAGAGCAAAAUGGAGUAUUAAUGAGUAGAAGUAACAUUGAAAAUGUGAAAAAGACCAUAAAUGGCUUGUUGCAUGCAUAUAUUGCCCAAGAACCUGUGAAGAAGAAAUCAGAAGAUAUCUCAGUUAAGGUGCAUGAGUUAUUUGAAAAACUAGAUAAUGGAUUAUUUAAUGAACAGAUAAAUGACAGCAUCAUUCAUUUGGUCAACUCACUUAAUGCGAAUGAUUUUAGGACAACGAACAAGAUUAUAGUAGAUCUCAGUAGGAACUUAUGGGAUGGAAGUAACAAGUCAUGGAUCAUGGGACUCAAGUGCAUCAUACCGAAGUGCUAA